AGACCUAGGGGAAGCUCGGCCGCGUGUGUUCCUGACCUGCGACCUGACCGGCUGGGACCAUGGGGUGCUGCCCGGGAGACUGCCUCAAUUGCUGCUCCCAGGAACAAGAGUGUUGUGAGGAGUGUUGCUGUCAACAGGGCUGCUGUGGCUGCUGCGGGUCCUGCUGCGGCUCCUGCUGCGGCUCCUGCUGUGGCUGCGGAGGCUCUGGCUGCGGAUCUGGCUGCUGUGGGUCUGGCUGCGGGUCUAGCUGCUGUGGAUCUGGCUGCGGGGGCUGCGGAGGAGGCUGCGGAGGAGGCUGCGGGGGCUGUGGAGGCAGCUGCUGUGGUUCCGGGUGCUGUGGCUCCUCCGGGUGCUGUGGUCCAGUGUGCUGUCAGCCUACACCUGUGUGUGAAACGAAAUGAAGACCUUCCCCCCUAUAACUGAGGCAGUGUUGGGGACACCCUCUGCCUACUCCAGAUGGAGACCUCCUCAUCUCCUGACUCCUUCAUACCUCCAAGACAGUGACCUGCCUGUCAUGUUAUUUCUGAGAGGAGAGCUUGCCCUGGUGUCUGAGGCAUUCUGGACCAAAGAGCCAUUUCCUGGCAAGAAAUAAAAGCUGGGUUCCAAUGAGGUGGUCACCAAGUUCAAUGUUCCAGGCUUUGUUUGCAUGGAGUCAAAUGCCUUGCAGCUAUGAGACAUUCUCUUACUCUUUGGACCUGUUGGUUCACCCCAGCUUUCUGCUCCUCUGAAACAUUGUCAAUCUUUUAAUAAAUUCAAGCAUGCUGGCUACCCU